AUGAUGUGUUCUGCUAAAGUUGCCGACGUUAUUCCAGCUGUUGUCGCCUGGAGUCUUAUAGUAGGUAUCACGGCGGUAUACCUCACCUUCAUUUGUUUCCAGUUCGCUGCAACUUACUCCUGGUCUAUAUUUGUUCUUCAUGCUAUCCUAGUUUUUUAUGUGUUAUGCUGUCUAACGCGAACAACUUUCAUGGACCCUGGUUAUUUUCCUUUCGCAACGGAAGGGGAGGCUGAAUAUGAAGAAACCAAGUCUGCUCCUGUUCAUCGUGAAUAUAAUAUUAAUGGAGUAUUGGCCAAAGUCAAGUGGUGCAGUACAUGUUUGUUCUACCGUCCCCCAAGGUGUUCACAUUGCUCUAUUUGUAACCGGUGUGUGGAUACUUUUGAUCAUCAUUGUCCUUGGGUCAAUAACUGUAUUGGAAAAAGAAACGCGCGUUACUUCUUCAUGUUCUUAAUUUCGCUUACACUUCAUAUGAUUGCCGUGUUUAGUGUAACCCUAGCAUCAUUAUUACUUAACGAUCAGCCGAUCGUAUUCUAUACAAAUAUUAUACGAAUUAUUACACUUUCUCUAGUUGGUGUUAGUUUUAUUCCGGUUUUUGGACUAACUUCAUUCCAUGUAUAUCUAAUAUCCCGAGGAAUGACAACCAAUGAACAAGUUACAGAUAAAUUUCGUGGACUGUUAAAUCCAUUUACAUUGGGUUGUUUGUUAAACUGGCGGAGAUUUUGUUGUGAACCUCAAUUUCCUCGUCGUUAUUUGGAAGUAGUUCCAACCAAAUCCCGUCGUAUUAAAUAUUUUAAAUUGAGAAAAAGUAGAUUUAGCAAAUUCAAUCAUUUCAUGAUUAGUAGCGGUGGCGCUGAUCCCGGGUGUACUGAUGAUGCCGUUAUCAAUACAUACACAGAAUCAAAUCAUAAACUACUCAUGGAUCAUAUACAUAGUACAACUACCAGUGAUAAUAAUAAUCAUAAUUAUAGUACUGAGAAAGACACUAUGCUUGACAAUACUGAUACUAAAAUGCCUAAUAUCAACAGUAAUACAUUCUAUGACAAAAAAUCACUUGGUGGUGGAAAAUAUUUAUACACUUUAAAAGUUCCACAAAACCAUUCACAUCAUCAUCCACGUCAACAACUAACUAAUCAGAAUCAAGGUAGUACUCGAUCAACAAAUCAAUUGAUACCACGUGGACCAUUAGUUUGUGAUAAUGAAGAACCAUUAUCUUCGAUUAUUAAUAAUUUAACAUCAAAUCGUAAUAAUGUAAUGACAACAGCGAUAACAACAGCAACAACACCGACUGGAAACCAUAAAUUGGAAGGUAAUAAUGAUACUUGCUCAAUUAAUGAACAAAAUCUACCAUGUACUAAUGCUAGGCCAUCCGCUGAUUCACUCGGUACUUUAGACAGUGCAUAUCAACCACAUCAUCAAAAUUCAUGUAAUAACAGCGGCAAAGUAUUGGUAGACACUGCCAGUAUUAGUCUUUCAGGUUGGAGUGAAGAUGCAGUUUCGCUGAAAACAUUAGAUCGUCUUAUCGGUAUUACACGUCAUCACCAUCCAACGAUUGGAGGAAAUGACAGUGCAAUAGCCACAAGUAUUGGUGGGGGUGGGGGUGGUGGAGGUAGUAGUGGUCCAACUUAUUUAACUGUUGAACGUAUUCAAGAAAAUGGGGAAUCACUGAUAGAUUCUUCAACUUCCGUUCUAGAUCGAAAUAUUUCAACUGAUCAAGAUUCAACACACCUUUUUAAUUUUAACGGUUCACAUAUAAAUGGUUAUACGGGUAUAUUACCUACUUCUACGGCUGAUUCAAUCAGUCAACAUUUUACACAUACACUACCUCUUUAUCAACAAAAUAUUGUACGUUCACUUGGUGAGAAUGACUCUUACUGUAAUUUCUAUGAUGGAAGUGUGACAGGUGUUUUUGGGAAUGAAACCAGUGGAACUGUUGGAGUCAAUGUUAUACCAUCAUCUAUUAACUCUUUAUCGAAUACGUUCAAUCAUGUAGAUAAUUCUUUAUCAGUUAAUGAUAAUUAUCAUGUUAAUUACUCAAACACGAACGAUAAUAAUUCUUUAUUCAAUUCUAAUCCAUUAUCGAUUAAUAGUAGUACUAAUCAUCCAAUCACCAGUAGAAAUCGAACACAAUAUUCUACCACUACUACUACUACUACUAAUAAUAAUAAUAAUAAUAAUAAUAAUAAUAAUGGUGGAUCUAUGUUUAUGGUAAAUGAACCACAUAUUUCCGCUUCUAAUAAUUUAGAAUUAUUGAAUCCUUCACGUUCAACAAUUAAUGCUACUACUACUACUACUAAUAAUAAUAAUAAUACUCAACAUGGUCCCAUUGAAUUACCUUACAUUCCGUCACUAUAUCAUACAAGAGAUAAUAGGAAUAUCAUUAAUAAUAAUAAUAAUAAUAAUAAUAAUAAUAAUAAUAAUAAUAGUACACAUCCACCGGGAAAUUAUGCACAAGCAACAUUUGUUAAUCAAGUUUUUCAUGGACAAUCAUCUGAUCAAUCAUCGCCUAAUACAAGUCGAUUCAGUUUUAUUUUUUCACCAUUAGACGUUAAUGCACCUCAUGCAUCACAAGAGACUCUAAGUACAGCUACAUCACAAACAUCUAUUCCUCUACUUGCUUCACCAUCUAGUCCAAGAGGUUUUCCAUCAUCGUCUCAAUCUCACAACAACAUGGGUCCGGUAAAUGAUUCAUCAGCACCGAUCGAUUAUGAAACUGAUGACUAUUGUGUCAGUCGAACUGGUACUAUGCUACCAUCAAAUCGUAUGUCAAAUUAA